AUGUCAAGCUCCGAAUCGGAUCAUCACCCUUCGAAUGGUGUUCCUUUUGUAUCAAUUCCGGAAGAGCCCACCGGAAACGGCACUAAACCUCGUUUGGGAAAUGGAUUCAUCAAACGUUUGGGUUAUGAGAAACACAUGCAGCAGAUACAUUCGCUGGAGGAUUCUUUCGCGGAUUUUUGCGGAAGCAGCUCCAUUCAUGGAGUGCGAUAUAUCGGCUGUCGGACCAGUUCAUACAUCGAAAAACUCAUAUGGACGAUAAUAUUCUUGACAACGCUAUACCUAGCCGGUAAUAACAUCAUCGAGGCGUGGAUCAAAUGGGAAAAGAAUCCGGUAAAAAUCGUACCAGCCGAUCGGACGACCUACAGUUGGGAGAUUCCGUUUCCGGCUGUCACCAUUUGUCCGCAGACCAAGUCCAAGAAAUCACUGUUCAACAUCGGUGAAAGUUACCGAGACACUGAAGGUGAUUCUGAUAAGUUCAACGAUCGCUUAAAAGCCCUACUUCAACUUUGUGACGCUCCUUGUCUCUAUAACGUCAACUACACUAGCGCAGCAAAUCCCAAAAUUGUCCACCUGAUGAACGAAGUCGCUCCCAAUUUGGACGACAUCUGUGAAAGUGUUCGAUGGGACUUGGACAAAUUGAGCUGCAACGGAAUGUUCCAAAGGAUUCUGACCGAAGAUGGAGUUUGUUACAGUUUCAAUCCCAUCUCUGCUAGAGAAAUGUUUCGUUUGGAUCGGUUGCACAAGCGUUACAAUCACAGUGACGCCUCAAUUCCGAUUCAGAAUUGGAGUCCUGCCGAAGGAUAUGGGUCGGUGGAUGCGGAAAUUGAGUACCCGAAGCGGUCUUUUCUCGAUGACAAGAAGAUUGAUUUUGUGAUCAACUUAAGGUUGAACGCUAGUGAUUUCGAUUAUCAGUGUAGAACGGAACAGGGAUUUAUGGUUUAUGUCCAUUCCCCGGAAGAUUUCCCGCAGGCUAACUACAGAGCCAUGUAUGUGCCGCUUGGUAAAAGUACUUACAUUACGGUAAAGGCGAUUGUAACGGAUCUGUCUUCGAAGUUGAUCGACUUUCCACCAAAUAGGAGAAAGUGCUACAAGCUGGGCGAGAAGCAGCUCGAAUACUUCCGAAUCUACACCCAGAAGAACUGCGAGCUGGAAUGCCGGGCCCGGGAGCAGCUUUUUACCGAGGGUUGCGUCAACUUUGCACUUCCGCACGACGAGGAGGACAAGAUUUGCAACGUCCGCAAGAUGCAUUGCACCAAUAAUGGUGGAUCUCGAGUCGCUCAGCGGGACAAGAAAGUUCGACCUCGACGCAGCAGUUUGAACAAGCAUGGCCCUUGCCAAUGUUUGCCCACCUGCAAGUAUCUGAAGUACGAAACGGAUAUGCUGCAGACGGAUCUGGACUAUCGCAGCAUCCGGAAAGAUCGACAGUCCAACAUUUCUUACACUCAAAUUAGCGUACACUAUAAUAAGGAAAAGUUUCCAACUUUGGAACGGACGGAUUCCUAUACUUUAACGGAACUUUUGGGGACCUUCGGCGGUUUGCUGGGACUUUUCAUGGGAGUGUCAGUGCUGAGUUUUGUGGAAAUUGUUUACUUUUGCACUCUGCGGCCGUUCUGCGUUUGGCGCCGAAAUACCCGGAAGUUGAAACUUCAACAAUCGACGUCCCAGAAUGGGUCGAAAGAAGCUGAACAAAAUUCAGCAAUUUGA